CAUCGCUCUUUUUUCUUCUUCAUCCAACAAGCAUGGAUCCAAGUGUUUGGAGCAAAGGUAUGUAUUCUUCCAGCAGCAUUUGCCUCGACGGCUACCCUGCAGAGCACGUCUCCUCUUUUCAACUGGACCCCGAGCUGUUAAAUUCAGAAUUUCCAGAUGUUUCUGUGUCCUUACACAAAGACAGUGAGGACAUAACACUCCCACCGGAGAGUGCAUAUUACAGCCACGAUGAUGCUGGUUCAAGUUUGAUCUGUUCGAGCCGGCUGGAGCUCAGUCCAUCGAGAGACAACACCGCUUUACAUUUACCCACGAGCAUGCACUCAUCUCCUGCAUACAGUUAUUGUGGUCACCAUGAGUGGAACUUAAACAGUGGCCAUCAAGCAAAGCGUGCCAGAGUAGAACAUAUCAUCAAAGGCAUGACCAGCUCUCCUGGUAUGCGCUGCACAGAUGGGAUGGCGAAUCAGCACGAGGAGUCAGACGGCAUGCAGGAAAAUGAAAGGACUCAAGAUCGGGAGCUCGUGGAUCGUGGAUCUGGCUGUCAGACGACAAGAAAGCAGCUUGAGAGUCAGUAUCAGCAGCUCAGACAGCUCAGGACAAGUUUAAACCAUGUGGGUGGAGUAACCGACAUUGCGGACAGUAAAUAUCCCACCUGGAACAGUUCUCCUGAAACAUCUCCAACAUUUACAGAUUCAUACAGUGAGUUCCAGAGCAGCUCAAGCAGAAAAUAUCAAGGAUGGAAGAAGGUGAAGCUGAUGAACUACUUCCAGUCGAAGCCUGAGAGGAUAAAGCUGAUGGCAGAUGUUUUGAAGCACGAACUGAGCAGAGCUGUCAGCAGGAGCGUUGACUCGAUCUUUAGAAGCGUGCCACUUCUACAGACAUCUCCGAAUGACGAGGGGAACGUAGAGACCGACAUGUCUCUUCAGUCAUCGGUUGGUAAAGAUGAGACGCAAGAAGUCCCAGACAUUCAAACCGAAGCUCUGUCUCUGGUUGUGCAAAAGCGUCGGCUGGAAAGAGCCGACAACUUCAUCCUCCAGUCCAGAUCAAGAGCUCCCCAUCGCCCCAAACCUCUGGUCCCCUUCUGCCACGACGCUGCUCUGCAUGAAGAUCAGCCGUCAGAGAAGGAUCACAACACUGGACAUUCCCUCAGGUGCCCGCGAAAGGAGUGCUCUGAGGUCAGUCGAGCAAAGUUUGACAGGCGUUGGAACUCGGUCAAAGUGAGAUCGAAGGUGAACUCCAGAUCCGUCAGACGCCCACAGACUCACACUGUGUCGGUGGGUCCCACGCUGGUGGAAAGCCCGUCUCAUGUCAAGAUUGAGUCCGAUUGCCUGAGGAAGAACAACCUAUACAUGCUGAAUGAGGGUCUGACCACAAACCAUCUGAAGAAAGCAAAGCACAUGUUCUUCUACACCCGCUACCCGAGCUCACUGGUACUGAAGAUGUGUUUCUAUGAUGUGCAGUUCACGCGCUGCAUCACCUCUCAGCUCAUCAAGUGGUUCAGCAACUUCAGGGAGUUCUACUACAUCCAGAUGGAGAAGUUCGCCCGGCACGCUCUCAUAGGAGUGGCUGACGUGAGGAGUCCGACUGUGGGCAGAGAAUCAGAACUUUUCAGAGCUCUCAACAUGCACUACAACAAAGCCAACGACUUCCAGGUCCCUGAUAGAUUCUUGGAGGUUGCCGAGAUUACAUUGAGAGAAUUCUACGUUGCCGUUUCAAUGGGAAGAGAUUGCGAUCCAUCUUGGAAGAAAGCAAUCUACAAAGUGAUCUGUAAACUGGACAGUGACGUUCCAGCUGAAUUCAAGUGUCAUCCCUCUGGAUGAGAACCAACCAGACGACAUCAUGUGC